AUGUCUAAACAUAUAAAUUCAUUGAAACAAUAUCAUUUUAAAGAAAAAGAUAAACAAUGUCAUUGUAAUGAAACAUAUAAAAUUAUUGAAAACUAUCGUUCAAUUCUUGAUCGAAAACAUCAAAUUAUAUCUACUUGGAAAGUUUUUCAUAACAACGGAAAAAUCCAUUUUACACAUGGUACUCAUUUUCGAAAAAGUUCUGAUGCAUUAGUCAUUCGACUGAAUUAUACUUGUGUUAUUAAUCCAUGGUAUAAAUAUAUCAAUAUUAAUAGGAAUUUGUUAUCAUUUUUACAACAAAAUCAAUGCUAUAAAAUAUUUGAAAUCAUUCUACUUGAAUGUAAUUGUUCAAUAAAUUCACAUGAAUAUGAACUAGCUAUAGUAGAAUGUUCAUGUUUUGAACAAUUAAAAACGUAUUGUACAUAUUGUCGAGUUACUUUAGAAGCGACACAACAAGAGAAUAUUUCAGCACCUACUCAACUAUCACCAGAUGUUGAUCAACAAAAGAAUAUCUCGUUCUCGCUGAAUAUUUUCAGUAACAAAAUAAAUAUGAAGAAGAAUUUCUACCGUCAAUCAGUACUCUAUGACCAUCAAUAUGCAAAACAAAUUCACGAUGAAACAAAAGAAAAUCUGUUUGCUAUUAAUAAACAUGAAAUAAAGUUAAUAACAUUUUCACAAAAUAAUUAUAAUAAACAAAGUUCAUUGAAAUUUAAUACUGUUGAUCAAUUACUUAAUAGUUCAACAUUACUUCAUUUGUUUUUACAAAAAUUCUCAACAGUAUCUCGUUUAAUCAUGUCACCAAAUACUAUUAAAUCAAACAAUAGUUUAUCAUUUCAUAAUAAUUCAUCUGAAAUUUACAUAGAAUAUAGAACUCAAGGAACACAAACUAAAUUAUUUGCUAUUCUUUUACCACAAAGUCCAUUAAGUGAAAUAACAUUAGCAAAGAUUGAAACAAGUACAUUAAUGCAUGUAACACGUACUUGUCAAAUAAAUACACUUUCGUAUUUAAUUAAAACCAAUGAACAACAAAUAGAAGUAGAAAAUCCCAUAGAAAAUAUGCAACAUUCACUUACAACAUCGUUAUUCAUUCAUAAUAAAACUCAAUUAAAUAAAGAAUUCGAAUCAGAAACAAAAGAUUAUAGUAAAGAUGAAUUCAUAGAUACUUUUGAAGAAAAAACAAUAAAUUCAACAUCUUUCGAUAAAUAUCUAUUACCAUCAUCACCACCAAAAUGUGUUAAUGCUUAUGAUAUGAUUGAUCUGAAUGAACCUAGUACUUUGAUAGAUUCUUUUUUGAACGAUACUAAUACAAUUUCAUCUGAUAGACAAGAUAACAAGUAUUAUAAAUCCAGUCAUACAAAGUAUGAAAAACUGGUAUUUGAUCAAAACAAUAAUUGGCAUAGUUCAGAAUUAUCUCAGUUAAAAAAUAAUUUUUAUCGAUCUAUACUUAAAAAAAGACGACAACAUCGAAAUAAAAAACUUGCUUGUGGUUUCCUUCAACGUUUACGUCGUCGAAAAAAAUCAUAUAUUAUUCAAUUACUUUCUUCGAAGCAAUUUCAGUAUCGGUCAUCUUCAAUUUCAAUCAAUCCACUUCAAUAUAACACAUCAUUUAUUACACGACAAUCAUCUAUUACAAAUUCACAUCCCAAUAAUUCUAAAUCAAUUUAUCAAUAUAAAGCACAAAAUCAUACAAUUAUUGCUAGAGCAUCGAAAAACACUCUAGCUUGUAAACAAUUACAAAUAAUACUGAAUAAUUCCGAUAGUUCAUUAGAACAACUUAUCGAUUCACAACUUCUAUUAACUUGCAAUGAUAAUUAUAGAUCAGUUUGUAUUCUUAUUGAUGAUCAUAAACAAUCCGAACAAUAUCGAUCAUUAUUUAUUCAUUAUAUUUAUAAAACUCUAUCAAAUAGUCUGAAAAAUAUUUUGAAAAAUAAUUCAAUACAAAUGACAUGUAUGAAUUUAGCAUUUUUUAAUAAUUCUCUUUGUGAUAUUGUUAAUAUGCAACGAUUACGUUUGAUCGAUACAGGUAAAAAAAUACUUCUUUUACCAUCAUGUGAAAUACCAUUACAAACUUCUGAUGAUAUCGAUAUAGCUGUAAAUCGUCUUAGUACAAAAAUGCCAUUUGCUCAUCAAAUAUUUAUUGUUAAUAUUCAUCGUGAACAACCAUGUUUAACUAGUUCAUUUCUUUUUUUACAUUUAGCACCUAUUUGUUCGAUACGACCAACUGGUUUAUUAACUAAUUUAAAUUCAACUAAUUAUUCUCUAUUAAACCUAAUAAGACAAUUAUACAAUCAUAAUAAUAUAAAACGAUAUCUUUUAAAUGAUUAUUCAUUAAAUCGUCUUUUAAAAAAUUAUCUAUUUUCUUCCCAACAAACAAUGAUUGUUCUUACAGUUAAACCAAAAGUACAGGAAGCAUAA